GAAACAAUGGCCAGUGACAAGUUGGAGCUACUCUCGGCGUUCCGUUGCCCUGGUAACAGAAUGUUACUUGUCAGAUACAGAGUGCAGAAGGAUUGAAGCAUGGCUUCGGACAAGCUGCAGCUCGAGGUGGUCGGGCGCCUCUCCGAGCCCACUUUCCACAUGGCUAAAUGUGCGGCCGAGGUAUAACCCAGAGAGUAUACAAGGGCGACCGCAGGGCUCUGUAGGGGGGGGUUGGGUUUAUUAAAAAAGUAAUUGUAUAAUGCGUUUCAUAUGAUGGUAAGUGAUGUGUCAGUUGUGUAUUGUAAAAGGAAACCAUUCAUUUUUGUGACAUAUGAUAUUUAGCUUUUAUCUUUAAUAUUUUUAUAGGGUUUAAUUUUCCAUUGCCAAAUUGUUAUCACUAUUGCCAUUUAUGUAUUGACCCAUUUCCCAGCGUAGAUACAUUGUUUACUGUAAUGGCAGUGAUAUAUGACUAGAAGUUAAUAGUAUAGAAAAGAAUAUAGAGAAACAAUGACAUUUAUCUGUACUAACACAAAAAGUGCUGAUGAGUUUUAAAUGGACAGGGUAAGCCUUCACACCCAUUCUUAUAUACUGUAUGCAAAAGCAAUAACUUAAAAGGACACUCCAGGCCCCCAGACCACUUCUGCCCAUUGGAGUGGUCUGGGUGCCAACUCCCACUACCCUUAACCCUGCAAGUGUAAUUAUUGCAGUUUUUUUUUUUUUUUUUUUUAUAAUUCUUUAUUUAGUCGUGCGAUACUAAAACAAUUUUACCUAUUCUGCCACAACAGCAGAGGUAGGUUAUGAACAAGCAUACAAUUGCGAGGCAUAGGUAAUUAGAAACGAUUAUACAACACUUUUUAUGGUAUAUCUUCUGCAUUUGAUAGGACAUGUCGGUGAUGAGGUGAGUGCUGUUCGGGUGCAACAGGGCAUGUCAGUGCUCAUGGGAUGGUAUUGCAGUUUUUUAUAAACUGCAAUAAUUACCUUGCAGGGUUAACUCCUCCUCUAGUGGCUGUCUACUAGAAAGCCACUAGAGGGCACUUCCUGCAUCAUAGCACAGAAAACCUGUGCUAGAGCGUCGCUGGACGUCCUCACGCUGUGUGAGGACCUCCAGCGUCACUCAAUUCCCCAUAGGAAAGCAUUUAAAAGCAUUUUCAAUGCUUUCCUAUGGAGAGCUCUAAUGCGCGUGCGCGGCAAUGCGCUUUAGGUCUCCGCGGCUGGCGGGCAGGAUCAGUUUCGCCCACCGGUUGACGUAAGGUAGGGGAGGAGCGGCGGCGACCUGAAACCACCGCCGAGGGACAUCGGCGGGGGUGUCAGGUAAGUGACUGAAGGGUUUUUCACCCCUUCAGCAACUGGGGAUGGGAGGUGGGAGGGAGAGGGGACCUGCAGUGCCAGGAAAACAGAUUGUUUUCCUGACACUGGAGUGUCCGUUUAAUAAUACAACAGAAAAAAAAAAUCUCCCUUUUAACCCCUUAAGGACACAUGGCAUGUGUGACAUGUUAUGAUUCCCUUUUAUUCCAGAAGUUUGGUCCUUAACGGGUUAAAGCUCCAGCAUUUGCUGGAAAAUAUUAGCCCUGGAGUACUUACCUACAAAGAAUUAACUUCACGCGUUUCCAAUUUUAAAAAGAAAGUGAAAUACAGAAAAUAGAAAUCAUACACAGGGUUAUUUACUAAAUUGAGAAUUGUGUGGAAUCCAAAAUUAAUUUCACAUUUAAAAGGGACAGUUUAUAACAACUUAAUCUAAAUAUAGUUGUUACGGUGCCAGGAGGCCCUUGGGCGCACUCUCACCUCAAGGGGAUUAAAUCGUUCUUGUACGGUUUAACCUCAAAAUGAGCUUCCAGCGACAAUCUUAACUCCUUCCACGGGGAAUCUGGCUUCUGAAAUUUCAGUAUUAGGAAGCGUGGAGUGCCGUUGGGCAGAGGGCCUUUAAAGCCCAAAUACAUGAAUUAGAAAAAUUAUUUGAUUUAAAUAUUCUUCCACAUCAGUUAUUUUUGAUUAAACCUGUAUUCCUAACACUUUAGUGUUCAGGUCCCUAAGUUUAUAUGUACUCUCCUCCUCGUUUGGCAUAAAAAACGGUUACAAUGCCUUUUUACUUACCUUUUCUUCCUGUGCCAAGGCUCCCUCAGCACUGCUUAUCUUCUCUUCCCAAGACGUCAGGGAGGAGGCAUAUCCUCCUCUGCCAAUGUCCAGUCCAAUGCUUCUAGUCUCCCGAUUACCAAGUGCUGCAGUGAUUAUAGCUCUCCUGUUUUCAGCAAAGUAGUGAUUAGAGCUCUCAAUCCCCCAAACAUGAGCCUAGACUUUAUGAAGGGGUAAAAUGAAUGUGUUUAAUGGGAGCCACACACAGUCUUUUAUGUAACUCCCCAUGCAAGGGGUUUUCUUAAACAUAUUCCAGGGGCAUUCCCUUCAGGACCUGAGAGGCAACUAGUUACAAGCAAACAUUCAACAUACUCCUCCCCUGUGCCUGAGAGAUAAUUAGCUGAGCACACAAACAUAUAAUUAAAUUAUCUCUCAGGUACAAAAACAUGCAAUAUAACAAAAUACCCCCAAAACACAUGAAAACUCCACAAACAUCCCAUGAUAGCCCCGAUCUGGGUGACCAACAUAUGCAAAAAUCACCCAGAUUGGUUCAGGGGUUUGGGAUUUUCAUGGAAGUCAAUUAUUUGACCGACCGUGCACAUGGUCCUAUGGCUAAAACAGUUCCAGGAAAUCAGGGCUAACGGUCGGUCUCGGGAGCACAAAUUACAUAAAACACCAAAUGGAUGACUUAAAUUACUUGUGUAGCCUGUUCCCCUUGUUCGUGGGAACAUUUCCACCAAACAGUGCCUUUCUAAGUGGGGGUAGAACCGAACAUAGGCGAUUGAUGGAAGUCCAGCGGUGUUCAGGAGUUUCUGUGUCCGAUUUUAGUUCCAUGAGAUUUAUGCCCAAACAUCGCUGCCUGCGUUCACGGAAACAAGAUGUCCGCCACCUCGUGGUCGUUCAUACGAAAUGCGGCCACCCAGACGAACACUUAGAACACUGCGGUGGAAAUUGCUACAAAGUAUCCAUUGGGCUUAAAAAGCACCUGGGUGGUCUCUGGUUCGUGCGGCUGUUCGGUUCCCGGUUCGUCACAUAGUGUUUGAAUUUACCUCUCACUGUCCUUCAAUUCAGCAUUAAAAAGUUUUUAAUGUUAUAAAACCACUUCCCAAGUCCCAAGCAGCACAACCCCUCUGUGCUUCCUUGGAUAAUGAGAAAGCAUUAGCCCGAGCGGCAGUGGGCAGCUGUGAUUGGCUGAGAGCAUCAACAAACCGCUUUCAGCAUAAGACAGCGCCCAUUCCUAGCAUGAGUUUGUAUGGCUAAAAGGAAGUGUGUAAUCUCUGCCAUAUUUCCUGUAGGUGCCGGGCUGUGGGUGGGCCAGAAUCCUUAUUUAGUAUAACUCGCGCUUGCAGAACUUUUCCCGAGCAGCUCCUUUCCUUUGGAACAGCCUGCCUACCCCCACCAGACUCUCCCAUAGUCUUCAAUCAUUUUAAAAAGUCUCUCAAAACCCAUCUUUUCAAAAAUGCUUAUGGCCUCCCAGAGUUCUAUUUCACAAUUCUUUCUCUGUCUCUCUCUCCUUAAGGGCACACUCCACUCUCACUUCCAGUUCUGUUACUUUUCCACCUUGUUGCUUGGUUCUAUCCCCCUUGAAUGCCCUUCCUAUUGUGUUUUUAUACCCCACCUCCUCUAGACUGUAAGAUCGUCUGAGCAGAGUCCUCCUCUACUUAUUGUUCCUGAAUCAUUUUGUAAUUGUCUCAUUUAUUGUUAAAUUUCCCCCUUUCAAAAUAUUGUAAAGCGCAGCGGAAUAAGUUAGCGCUAUAUACAUACCAAUAAUAAAUGAUGACAUUGUUAAACUGUUUGAAAAUGGUUUAACACUAAAUGGGGAGACUGUGACAGAGAACUCCAGGCACUAUGACCAAUUCAAUAUGUUGAAAUGGUUAUAGUGGCCACAUGGGUACACCUGAAUCUCUAGCUGCGGUAGGGGGCAUAUUGUGAUUAUUCUACCAGCAGCUUAACAUACAUUAUUAUUUAUAUUAUAAAUAAAAUAACAUGUUAGUGGCAUCCAGUUUAUAAGGACUGUUAGGGUAUAUGGACUGACAAUAUUAAAUGAAUCUGUUUUCUAAUUUAAAGCUUGCUUGGAACUUUGUAGUAACAUGCAUAUGAUAUAAGUUUUUUGUUAAUUAAGUGCAUGGUGUUUUAUUUUAGGUACUAAAACUUUCAUUUGAUGCAGAGUUUGAAAGCCCCAUAAUACACCCACUCUUGGAAUGUGAUUGGGAUCACUACCUAUCAGAAAAGAAAAAGGUAACAUUUUGCCCACUUGACUUUUAUAAUAUCGAUCACAUUAAAAAGACAUGGGACAUUUUUUUUUUCUAUUGAAAACUAAAUUUGUUCUACUCAAAUCAAAUUGCUUCCAAAUGUAUUGAUUAAAGUUAUCCUGCUAUUUCUCAUGUUAUCAGAGUCAAAAAUGCUAUUUUUGUCACAUACUGUAAUUGUUACAAAAUGGCACAAUAAUGUAAAAAUCAAGGCCUUGAUUUAAUAUUUUUGGAUAAGCUUUUCAAAUUACGUAAUAUUUCUGGAUAAACUUUUAAAAUGUAAUAUUUUGAUAUAUAUAUUAUUUUUCAAAAUAUGAUAUAUAUUAAUAUUAUAUUAGAUUUUUAAUAAAUAAUUUGAAAAACCUAUCCAAAAAUAUGAAAUCAAUUAAAAGGCUUCUCUAAAAACAUUAAAUUGAGGCCAAUUUCUGUAUGUGGGCAUAAUGUGCAUAUAAAAUACAUUUCCCAAACAGCCCAUGUUUACACAGAAUAGAUGACUGCUAGAACAUUGCAUAUAAACCAUAGACUUUUAUAUAUAACUGAAAUAUAAAACAGGAAAAAAGGAACUGAGGGGUUAUGUACUAAAGUGAAAAUUGUCAGGAUUGUGUAACGUGUGUAUUUGAAAGUUAGAAGCAAAACUGACUUUGUUACGUUUUCCAGUUCAGCCAGUUUUGGCCUUAAAGGGUGACUAUAGUCCCCAGAACAACUACAGUGUAUUGUAUUUGUUCUGGAGAGGAGAAUCAUUACCUUUGGCCUUUUUGCAGUGUCUUUUAAGAGAAAAUGCAGUGUUUACAUUACAGCCUAGGGAUACCAUCACUGGCCACUCCUCAUAUGGCCGCUAAAGGUGCUUCCUGGGUCAGUGUGACUGCCAUUCUGUGUCUCCACCCUCUGCAUGGAGACACUAAGCUUUCUUCAUGAAGAUGCAUUGAUUCAAUGCAUCUCUAUGAGUAGAUGCUGAUUGGCCAGGGCUGUGUUUGGCUUGUGCUGGCUCUGCCCCUGAUCUGCCUCCUUGACAAGCUCAGUCAAUCCAAUGCUGAUCUAUGGGAAAGCAUUGGGAUUGGCUCAGAUCAUAUCUUCUGAUGAUGUCAGCUAAGCAGGCAGAUCACGGGCAGAGCUAGCAGCAGCAACAGACUGAAGUAAAGGUAAUAUUUUAAUAUAUUUGGGUGAUGGAGGGGGAGGGCAGAAGGGCUAGAUGGUGUUUUAACACAAAGGGUCAGGGAUACAGGUUUGUGUGUGUGUGCCUCUCAGCCUCAUCAACGUUUAGUGUAGUAAAUUAGACUUCAUGGACUUGACAAAUACACAAUGUCACAUUGCUAAAUUUUGACAGCUAGUUGAAAAGGAAAUCUUAUAUUGUAAUCCAUUAAAGUAUGAAUCAUGGGAGAAAUUCAAAUUAGUUUUUGAACAUUUACUGAAAUGUGAGACCCUGAGAUCUCUCAUUAUUCAGAUACACCAUUCAAUUGAACCUGGUGACUCUAUCAAUUUUCCUUUGUUAUUGUUUUUUUUUUAACUGGGAAACCUAUUUAAUAUCAAUCCCUCUCUUUUCUCUUAUUUGUUUCCUUUCCUCCUAUUUUUCCUUGGGGGUAGGGUAUUAUUUAAUCUUCAUUAUAUUAACUCACUGUUAUGGAGAAAUUGCAUAACUCUUGUUGCAUAACUCUUGAAAUUGCAUAACUCAUUGUUAUUAUGUUAUACAAUUUUCGCUGUUGUUGCUUGCCUUUCCUGUGCAGCUUAUACGAAACUUCAAUAAAACGUAUUUUAAAAAGAAUUUAAAUUCCAUUUCAAUUGACUUCAAAUUCUUGACAAUUUAUAGUUUAGUGAUUAAUUAUAUUCAUAUGAAACCGAGCACCUACAAUGCAAAGACCUAUUCAUCACCAUCCAAGUAUUUGGAUUUAUCUCAUUGUGCUAAUAUUUACUGGCUGCACUGUAUGCCAGCAUAAUAUUUAUUGACUAAUAUAAUGAUGGUAUAAAUACCAAUUUUUUAUGUUUUAUUAUUUCAGGAACUUAAAGGAGAUACAUGGGAAUUCCCUUCAAGCGUCAUGUGCUUUAUUGAUGGUCAGUUUGUUGGAGAUGAAAAAUCACUGGUGUUGUGGGCUAACACUUCAUGGGGUUACAGAGAUUACCGGCCUUUAGCGUUAUACAAGGCCUUGGCUGACGAUGACUACACCAAGUACAUGAAAGCCAGAAAGGUAAUUUUAUACCAUAUAAAUCUCAAAUAAUAAUAUUACAUCUUUGGAGCUGGUGUCAUGUAGAAAGACUGGUUUAUCUGUAGAUAAAUCCAAUAUUCUUGACUCCUGCCCAGUAUGCCACAUUGCAAGUGGUAGAGAUAUCGGGAUACUGAAAUGAUCUUCAACAAGGUACAGUGAACAACCUCAAUUUAGGCCUCAAUUUGCAAACCCAGAAGCAUGCAAUACUAACUUAAUUCAUUUGCUGUAAGCACUUCUGCCCACCCCCACCCACCCAGGUUCCUACUAAAUUUAUAGCAUGUUCCUUCAGCUGUCUGAGAUCUUACUCAAUGACACCUCAAUGACCAGUAACUUCAACUCUCUGCCAAUUGUCAUUUCUUCAGGCCAUCACUUCCAAAUCCCCCCUGCUACCUCUCAAAUCCACAUUAUAUCCAUUAGUUUGUAAGAACGGGCUGUCUAUCUAAGCACUUUGUAUAAAAGAGCUUCAAUGCCUAGGUCCUGGGAUAGAUCAAUGGCUCACAGACAGGGCCUUCUUUACCUUUUGUAUUGGUCUGUGCACAGGGCAGGAUUAAGAGCCCAUUGGGCUUGGUGCUGACAAUUAUGAUGGGCCUAGUUACAGAAUCUUAUCUACAGAAAACACUAAAACAGUUAUACCUCCCAAGCGCCAUGUAUCUGGUGGAGGUGAUGCUGAAGGGAAACUCACAGGAUGCUGCUAUCGUAAAACACAAACCCUAUGCUAAUCUCUCACUUUCAUCUUUCAAGUAAAUCCAUUACUCCUAAAAGCAGUGUCCAAUGAAGCAGGAUUUCAGUGGCUGGGUUAAAAGGGUGGGCCACUGACGCCAGUCACGUAACCAGAACCACAAAAAGGGACAAACAUUCCUAAAAAGGAUGCACAAAGAAUUAGAUGGUCAGCCUGACGUGAAUGUACGUCAGGCUCCCUGCCAAUCAUGCAGGAUGACUAACCAAGGGCAUACUGUGACGACAGCACCCUGAGCUUAGCAUAAAUGUGUCUAAUGAUGCGCUAGCGCUACGCUUUCUAAGGACUUUCCCCUAGAACUGGCUGGUCUACUCCUUUUCUAACCUUCUUACUAGCAGGCAGAUGCUUCUUUUAUAUAGUCUGGGACAGAAAAAAAAGUGUAUGUAGUGAGUGUAGAAGAAAGGGUACAUGCCACAGUGUUAGAGAGACUGAAGCAGAAAGAGCAUUUGCAUAGUGAGCAAAGUCAGCUUUACCUUAACUAAUUUGUCAGCCAAUCAACACUAAUUUUAUUCCCCUACAUUCCUCUUAAGUUUUAAUCAAGAGCAUGUGAAGUGUACUGUAAAAAAAUAAAAAUAUAUUUUUUUUUUAAAUCAAUGAGCCUAUUCCAUAGGCAUGGGCCUGGAGCUGCAGCUCCAUGAGCCCCUAUGUUAAUCCGGCCCUGUCUGUGCAUAUUGUAUGUUCUACCCUAAUUGUACAGCGCUGCGGAAUAUGUUGGCGCUUUAUAAAUGCCAGUAAUAAAUAAAUAUACCUAACAAAAAGCAUUGGAGCAAAUAUAUAGAGGCGUAUUACCAGGCUUAUCGUUUAGAUACGAAAUAGAAAUAGAAACAGCUUUAAGUUAACAUUCCAUUCAGGCCAGGGAGUAAAGAAAACAAGAAAUAAAAGUAAGUUAGGAACUCAAUAGUAAAACUCACUGUAAAAAGAACCAGCUGGUGACUGCUACACUGUCACAGGAUAACUGGAAACAAAGUAUCAGGCAAGAACAAGGUCAGGAACAAGCAAGGGUCUGGUGCACACACUAAUCACAAUCAGGAGCAAUGUAGCACACCAAGAACCACGAAAGGACACUGAGUCCCAAACAGAGAGAACUGAUGCCCAUGCCCUUUGUGUCAGUUCUGUUUUGAAAUCAAAAAGUGUAAAAAAGUGUGAAAGGAUGUUUUCUGUGAACAAAGAAUGCUACAGGGUUAUUCACUAAAAUAAAAAAUUGGCAGGAAUUUAAAGUGAAUUUAGAAUUUUUCAGGCAAAAUUUGGCGAACUGGAAAAAUUCUCUACGUCAGCCAUGGUACCAGUUUGUAACAUAAGCAAUAACUUAAAAACCACUAGAGGGCGCUAGAUACUAAGCUUCCAAUUUUGCUAUUGUGUGUUAAAUGUUUUUUUUAUUGGUAAUGUACAGCCAACAAUCUUCGUUCGCAGAGGAAGUACAUCACAUAAUUCAAUAAAGAACUUAAUGGAAUAAAAAACAUAAAUCAUAAUUUUUGUUCACAUUGAACAACAGAAGAGGAAGUGAACAUUAGUGUUUAGUUGGUUAUUAACAUAAAACUUAUUAAUUAAAGUGUCAGGUUAAGGCCAGGUAAGAGGCAACUAAUAACAGUGGAAAUAAACUGCCAGUCAGGCAGCGCAAAAAUGGAACAUAUAGGCUAAGAAGCAAAGAGCAUAUACAGUCAGCUGAACUGAAAGCAAAUACCACAUGGGCAUGUAGGCUGCGUUGUUUAAUAUGAAAGUUUCACCACACAUCACAGCGAGGGUGCUUAAGGAGAGGCAUCCCCCUAUAGUAGAAUACGAGAAGCCUUGCCUGCCCAUAGUAGAAAUCGUAUAUCUAUAGCUGGACCAUAUUAGGAGGAAGUCACUGGAGCCAUCUUUUGGACAAUGAUAAUAAUGAGUAGGUAGACUUCCAGAUAGGCCGUGCCAAAUUAAGUGAUCAUCUAUACAUUAAAGCGCAGACAGCAUGUCGACUCAGCAUAGCGAAUGCUAUGCGGCUCAUAGGCUCCAGUGUUUCAUGAAUAGAAGUUUCACAGCACAAUAUAGGGACAGAUAUAAGGAAAAUAAGGACAGAAAUUGAAGUUCGCAGCAUGUUAUUCUCGCGAUGGCUGACUAUGAAAUGCCUAGCUAGCGUAUUCAUAUGGAAACUAGUAUGUCUACAGCUCAACUGUAUUAGCAUGAGGUUACCAAAGACAUUGACUAAAUAUCACGUGCAGAGCCGCCAAGAAAUUGUGAGAAAACCAUAACCAUCUAAGGAUUGCAAAAUAGAAUUGAAAAAAGAUGCAAACGAUAUCACUUUCAUAGAAAAAAGUGCAAAUACAUUUUGAUACAAUUAUACAUGUAUAAAGGCUUGCUAAGUAAUUAUACAUGCAUAAGGGCUAGCUAUGUAAUAGAAAAUCAUCUGACAAGUAUAUUAGCUGAGUGUCAGGGUUUAAAGAUUAACAUGCUAAGCAUAUAAUAAACAGAGUUUGAGACUAUUAAAGGGUAAAAUCUUCAGCUGUCAUUCUGCCAGGGCGAAUUAAGCAUUGCCUGCUGAGGGCGCCCACCUGGAUGUCUCCUGGUGGGCUGCCCCUGUCUUUGGCCGCAGCGCUGGGUUAGCUGCCCCCUCCAACCACUCCACACUGGGUCAAUUCUUAGGGCGCCCUUGAAGCUGUGCUUGUUAAGUAUGGCAGAGCAGACACCUGCUCACCUUGAUGGCAGUUGCUUGAUCUGCCGAUAAAUGCUGGAGGAGAAGGGGAAGGAGAAGGCAGGCGGCGAGGUAGGCUGUUCUUGCAGCUUCUCACUCCAUCGCACACACUCUGUGAUGCCGGGAGCCGGAAUAUGACGUCAUUCUGGCCCCAGCAUUCUAAACGGCAGGAGGAAUGAGGACCUGCCCCACUCGGAACUCCAGGGAGGUAAGGAGGCUGAAUGGGCCUAAAAAAAUAAAAUAGUUUGAGUGUUUGACUGUCAGUGAGUGUGUAUCUGUCAGUAAGUGAGUGUAUGUAUGUCAAUGAGUGUAGGUGUGUGUGUGUUUGCCUGUCAGGAGUAUGUGUGUCAGUGAGUGAGUGUUUGUAUGUGUGUAUGUCAGUAUUUGUGUGUGUGUGUGUGUGUGUGUGUGUAUGUCGGUCAGUGACUUUGUGUCUGUCAGUGACUGAGUAUUUGUCUGACUGUGUGUGUGUGCUCGUCUUAUUAUAAAUUAAAUUCACCUAAUGCAUUGAAUACAUAAUUUAUCACAGCAAUAAAUUAUGUGUUCAAUGUAUGUAUUAGGCAGGAUGUGUGUAUGGAUGUAGGUAUUAGGCAGUAUGUGUGUAUGGAUGCUGUAUUAGGCAGUAUGGGUGUAGGUAUCAGGCAGUAUGUGUGUAUGGAUGCAUGUAUUAGGCAGUGUGUGUGUAUGGAUGUAGGUAUUAGGCAGUGUUUGUGUGUGUGUAUGGAUGUACGCAUUAAACAGUAUGUGUGUAUGGAUGCAUGUAUUAGGCAGUAUAUGUGUAUGGAUGUAGGUAUUAGGCAGUGUGUAUGGAUGUAGUUAUUAGGCAGUGUAUGUAUGUAUGUAUGUAUGUAUGUACAUACAUACGUAUGCAUUAAGCAGUAUGUGUGUAUGGAUGCAUGUAUUAGGCAGUAUGGAUGCAUGUGUUAGGCAGUAUGUGUGUAUGGAUGCAUGUAUUAGGCAGUGUGUGUGUGUUUGGAUGUAGGUAUUAGGCAGUGUGUGUCUAUGGAUGUACGCAUUAAGCAGUAUGUGGAUGCAUGUAUUAAGCAGUAACUGUGUAUGGAUGUAGGUAUUAGGCACUAAGUGUGUAUGGAUGCUGUAUUAGGCAGUAUGUGUGUAUGGAUGCUGUAUUAGGCAGUAUGUGUGUAUGGAUGCUGUAUUAGGCAGUAUGUGUGUAUGGAUGUAGGUAUUAGGCAGUGUUUGUGUGUGUGUAUGGAUGUACGCAUUAAACAGUGUGUGUAUGGAUGCAUGUAUUAGGCAGUAUAUGUGUAUGGAUGUAGGUAUUAGGCAGUGUGUAUGGAUGUAGUUAUUAGGCAGUGUAUGUAUGUAUGUAUGUAUGUAUGUACAUACAUACGUAUGCAUUAAGCAGUAUGUGUGUAUGGAUGCAUGUAUUAGGCAGUAUGGAUGCAUGUGUUAGGCAGUAUGGAUGUAGGUAUUAGGCAGUAUGUGUGUAUGGAUGCAUGUAUUAGGCAGUGUGUGUGUGUUUGGAUGUAGGUAUUAGGCAGUGUGUGUCUAUGGAUGUACGCAUUAAGCAGUAUGUGGAUGCAUGUAUUAAGCAGUAACUGUGUAUGGAUGUAGGUAUUAGGCACUAAGUGUGUAUGGAUGCUGUAUUAGGCAGUAUGUGUGUAUGGAUGCUGUAUUAGGCAGUAUGUGUGUAUGGAUGCUGUAUUAGGCAGUAUGUGUGUAUGGAUGCUGUAUUAGGCAGUAUGUGUGUAUGGAUGUAGGUAUUAGGCAGUAUGUGUGUAUGGAUGCACACAUUAAGCAGUAUGUUUCUAUGGAUGCAUGUAUUAGGCAGUAAGUGUGUAUGGAUGCUGUAUUAGGUAGUAUGUGUGUAUGGAUGUAGGUAUUAGGCUGUGUGUGUAUGGAUGUACGCAUUAAGCAGUAUGUGUGUAUUAGGCAGACCUAACUGGAAACCAUAUGGCAAAAUUUAGGCCAAAAUAGAUUAUCUAGAAGAAUUCUCUAAUUCAGCUACAGUCACAUUUCAGCUGUUUUUGCUUAAACUUUGAAAUUUGGUAUUCAACUCACAGAGUUUAGUGAAUAAACCUCUAUGCAAUUGUAUUUGCUUUCAUGAGGGGGCAGCAAAAUGGAUCUUUGCCUAGGGCGGCAGAAAUCCUUGCACCGGCCCUGCAUUCAGCCAAACCACACAUAGCGAUGUAUUCUCACUCAUGUGCCUAUGUCAGACACUAGGCGUCUUCUUACACCGUUGAGACUAAUUGAGAAAAGCUGGUCUUCCUGGUAUUGAAUAUGUCUGAGCCGCAGUGCUUCAACUGCACAGAUCUUCAAGCCUUGUCCUUGAUGGGAGUCACUACCCUAUGUCCAUGGAUCCUCCUGCUACGUGCAGAAGAACCUUGGACCUGCGGAGCUCAGAUUCCUGGAAAUACCGUUGAGUAUAUGGACAGUGGAUUGGGUAUAUUUCCGAAAGGACCCCAGGCCCGGAAAAACAGAGGGUGCGAAAGAAGAGAGGGUGGCCUCAGUGAUAAUGCAGAUCCGAGGCGUAGCUAUAAUUUCAAGUUUUCUAACCGAUCCCCUACAUGUUAAAGUUUUAGUUUUAGUGAAUAUGUCUAGUUUUAGUGAAUAUGUCUGUACACACUUUAUCCGCUAAACAGAGAACUGUAGAGCAUUAACUAGACAAUUGUAAAUGUAAGACUUUGUAUUAGUUAGACAAUUCUAACAAGUUAACUGUAAUCACAUAUAUUUGAGCAUAUUACACAGUUUAUAAGUGACAUUCCACUUACUAUUGAAGAUAUUGUAGUGUACACACUUAUACACUGCAAUUUAUAAGGUUUCUCUUUUUGUUAUAUUAGUCUGUUUUUGGUAUUUUCUUUCUUUUUUUACUAUGUCACUGUUAUGCCACUGUUAUGUCACUCUAAGCACCAUAACUUAACAAAGCUGUAUUGUUGUAAAGAUCUUGCUCCUGCAGUCUUAGUGCUUAAUUCUCUGCCAUUAAGGAGUUAAAUAACAUUUGUUACGCAGCCCUUGUUACAUCUUCCCCGACAUGAUCUAUACACCAAUGGAAGGUCGUCCAUAGGGGCGCGUGCAGAGCCCCCACCAGUUUUUAUGCGGAGAAAUGAAUAUUUGCAGUAGUUUAGAAACACUAAGAUUCCUUUUUUUGGAGGAGGGGUGCUAAGCCAACUAAAUAUAGGAAAAAUGUGUUUGUCUUUAAUUCUGUAAUAGAUUUCAGUCCUAAAGGGCCCCUCCGCCCUCAUUGGUAGCUGUUUGGAGAAGCUUACUUGAGAGCAUCUAAAACAAAUGGGGAUGGUUUGAAAUCCGCCCUGUUUCAGCAGCUUUUGCACAUGCCCAGUGUCCUCUAAGAUGGAAUUCCUGUAGUUUCCAUUGAGUUGCCAUUUCGACAGCAGAGCCUGCUGCCCAUGAGUGGAGACAUGCUAUUGGCCUCUCUAUUCAUUGGCUAUCAUUGGCUGAUAGCACCAGGGGUUAUGGUUACAGUACCCACAGGAGAGAGAAGGAAGAAACCAUCUUGGAAGUAACACACACACAAAUGUAAGAACACAACUUGAAACAUAACUCAGGAAGAGGUGCUAUGCCAGGUAACCACUCAUGGAUGGCUGUUUCAUUGUUAAUGCAUCUCAUCAGCAGGAGGUUGGUUACUGGUUUCCUCUUGAAAGUUGGCAUUACUUGUGGAGUUAUGUUUCAAAGCUGUUGUAUACAGCAGAUAUAUACUCCAAGGAUUCCAGGUGGAAAUAAUGAGGCAAAAAGGUGGAACUUAUUUGCAUAUGCCCACCUAGAAACACUUGCAUUACUACCAGCACUGCAAAUGUGAGAUUUCUGUAGGAAAAGCAAGUCGUGUGUGUAUAUCUGGAGUCUGGUGCCACGCAAUCUUAAAACUUCACCAGCUGCAACGGCUACUCACCAAAAUGGCUUCAUUAAGCUAAAGUUGUUUUGGUGUCCCUUUAAAGUAAUGGGAUUCAAUUACCGUCACAUGAUAUCUCUGAUUACCGUUAAUAUUGAAUAACAAUUUUUUUUUUCUUGUUUGUGUGGUUUUUUUUGUUUUUUUUGUUUUUUUUUAAAUUCACCCUGAAUUCCAGGCAAUUCCCACUAUAGUGAACAGUACUGACAGAGUCUAUAGCUGUUAGUAUUUUGUUAUCUAACUCUUUUUUUUUUCCUGUCACGUUACAGCAUGUUUUUGUGUACCUUGAUAUUGACAUACAGGAGAAACCAAUAGGAAGACUACUAUUUGAGGUAAUUUAUUUAUUAUUGUUUUGUAUGUAUUUUUUUUGUAGCACCAUUCUGUAUUUUACUAUUCAUUUGCAACAACUGCAUAUUAAAAGGACACGUUAUGGAAAGUAUAUACUAAUAAAACUUCAAAUUAAUUAAAACUCAAUUAUUUUCAAAUAACUGAUUGACAUAAUAACAGUCAAUCAGACAGCCACAAGAGGCACUUUCUUCUACAAAUAAAAUAAUAAACUGAAACAGCAGUGCUCACAUUGGUCAUACUGCGGUGAAAGCAUCUAGGCCCCCAAAUCACAACAUUAAGUUUAUUAGUUUUGGUGCUUAGACUGUCAUUUUAAAGGGACACCCCAGGCCAAGAGUGCCCAAAAUGUAGAUCCCCCAAUGUUUUAAAAUUACGCUUUAUCAUUCUAAAGGCAUGCAAAGCAUUGUCGAAGUUGUAGUUCUACAACAUCUUGGGAUCAACCUUUUGGGAACCCUUGCUCUAGGCACUAUAACCAAAUCGUGUCUUUGAAGUUCCAUUACUCUAUCAUUAUUAAACUAUUUUCAAGUGACCACCCACAGUCUGGCUCCAUACUGGAGGUAUGGUUAAGGCAGAGAUUACACUCUUUCUUAGCCAUACCAAUUAUUACCUGCAAUAGAUGGCUGUGAUAAGCUGAGAGUGGUCAGCUGCCACUUUUAAGCAAGUGUGGCAGCUCAGUGCUGCUUAGGCUAUUGCUUCUUCACUAGCAUAAGCAGCACAGAGGGAACAGGUUGCCGGAGACUCCUUUAUAGCGUUAAACCAUUAAAAAAAUGGAUCUACACUGAAGGGAAAGAAGACUUCAGGAAAUAUAACCACUUCAAUGAAACAAGAAGCUAUGGUGCUUACAGUGUCAAUUUAUCCAUUUAAGUGCCAUGAUCAUUUUUAUUUUAGAUAAACAUGUAACAUGCUUGAAAAAGAUCUCAGUGGAGAUCGAAACGUUACAUGUUUAUCUUGUUGCAUUAGCCAUCCUGAAGUGCCUGGACUACACUUUUGUUUUACCAUUGAAUUGGGUUUUGCCAGCCCCAGGUCUGGAAAGCACCGGGACCAGCUUAGGACUGAGGUUUCCUCUUCAUGUUUGUUCACUGAUAUAUUAACGUCAUAUUCUCAAAUCCUCUAAAUUUUACAAAGAAGGGUAAUGACUGGAGGUGUGCACUGGUAAAAGGGCCUUUUGUGUAAAGCUGGGACAGAACUACCAGUGUUGCAGUGGGUGUGACUGCAAGAGAGCCCCAGUCAGGGGGCCCACCGAGACCCGUUGCUCUCCCAAGCAACAUAGGGGAACUUCCUGGACUUGCUGGCACGGCCAGUAGUAUCUGCCACAAAAUGAAGAAAGACAGGCUGCAUGGAGGCUCACUGAAGCCCCUUCAAAGAAUUUAAAGAACACACAGCAGGAGGGAAAGCUGGACUCGGAGAAGUGGUGAGUAUAUCGAUGUGCGUGUGUUGUGUGCAUAUGUAUCAGGGUUUGCGGAUUUGUGUGUGUCAGUAUAUCUCUUCAUGAACAUAAGUGUGUAUCCCUUAGAGUGCAUUUGUGUGUUGCAGUGUAUGUGUAUAUAACUUUGUGUGGCAAUGUGCAUCUGCAUGUGUGUGACAAUGUACAGUACUGUGCAAAAGUGUUAGGCCACCAUCAGCUUCCUUGUUUUAGCAAAGUUUUAAUGACCAUCCAAAUAUUUAUUUUUCAGUUUCUUUAUUAAGACACAAACAGAAAAUACAGGAAAUAUGUACACAAAAUAUAAAACCCCACAAUUUUCAGAAAAUUACAUCAUCAGGCAAAAGUCAGUGUUUUGUGUGAUCUUCCUCUGCACUAAGCACAUAGUGAACUAUUUUGGGGAGACUGUCCUGAUGUUUUCUGAAGUAAUCUUUUUGUAUAUUAUACCAGGCUUCUUUUAGCACUUCCCAGAGUUCUUCUUUAGACUUAAGUUGUCUUCUAUUUCUUUCUCUGUCCAGGUAAUCCCAUACUGCCUCUAUAAUAUUCAGUUCUGGAUGCCAGUUCAUGACUCAAUAUGAUUUCACUGCAUUAGCAGUGUGCUUGGGAUCGUUAUUAUGCUGAAAAAAUAAAAACCAUUCCCAAUCAGGCACUUUCCAGAAGGAAUGGCUUGAUGAAUUAAAAUCUAUCUGUACUCUUCAGCAUUCAUGAUCCUAUCAAUUCGGACAAUAUCACCAACACCACUGGUAGAAAUGGAGCCCAAAACCAGGGAAGACCCUCCACCAUGUUUGUUAAGGUCCCAAGCACUCAUUCUUCUUCUUUCUCUCCAACUCUUAUUCUCACAUAUCGUCGACAAUUGGUGCCAAAAAUGGAAAACUUGCAUUUGUCACUACAUAAUACUCUUUUCCACUGAUCUUUAUUCAAAUCUUUGCAUAUCUUAGCCUUUUCACCCUGUUUCCCUUCCGAAAAAGUAGUUUCAUGGCUGUUGCCCUUUCACAAAGACCAUUCUUGAUCAAGCUUCUUCGGACUGUAGAAUGGUCAACUAGGCAUUCCGAUGAAGCUGCCAGAUACUGACCCAGGUCAUUGAUGGACCUCCUCCGGUCUUUUAAAGUAGAAACUCUGAGACACUUCUCAUCAGAUUUUGAGUGUUAACUUGGCCUUCAAGUCCUUUUUUUGUCCAUGACCCCUCCUGAUCCUUCAAAAUUUUUUAUAACAGCUUGAAUGCUACAUUUCGAGUAACCAGUUUAUUUGCUGAUUCCCCUUUGAGAGUGGCAUUGCAUACAAAUUUCCUGUAUUUUCUGAAUGAAUUCUAAUAAAAGACUGAGAAAUAAUUAUAUAUUGUCAUUACACCAUUACUAAAACAACAAAUCUAAUGGUGGCCUAAAGCUUUUGCACAAUACUGUAUGUGUAUAUGUGAAGGUGUGCUUGCAUGCAAACACCAACUUAAAACUCAAAAACACAUGUGCAUUCGAACACUAGACACAAACAUAAGCACUAAUUUUAGUUAUGAAUUAGUGCUUAACCCCUGAACACCGUUACGGUGUUCGAUGCUGUCCCUAUUUAAAUGGGCUUUAAAGCCGUUGCGGCGGCAUAGAACGCCGUAACGGCUUAAGCCCCCAGGAGCUCGGCGGUACUCCCCUCCACCGCGAUCCUCUUCGGGAGGACUGCCUGACAGCCCAGACAGCCCUCCCCUGGCAAAUCAGGCCCCCUGGGGCCAUGUGAUGGCUUUCAAAGAGCGAUCACAUGGCAUAGCUGGCUGUGGAUCUGCCAGCAGGGGGACUGUCUGAAAUGUCACAGUCGCCCUGCUGGUGGGGAGUAGUAAAAAAAAAAAGAAACAUGUUAAAAUAAAUAUAUGUAACGUCAUACAUAGUGUAUUUUUGUAUUAAUAUAAGCACAUAUAUUAGUAUUAAAAUACACUUAGAAUGACGUUACAUAUAUAUAAGAUAUAUAUAUAUAUUAUAUAUAUAAUAUAUCUAUAUAUUUUAUAUUUAUAUAUACACGUAUAAUUACAAUAAUACCCGGACCUGCCCUGACCGACUAACUCGGGAGUCAGGAUAGACCCAUGCCACAACAUAGCUAUGCCCCAUACCUCCCAGCUCUCCCACUCUCACACACUCCCACCCAUCCCUAUCUCUCCCCCCUCUCUCCUUUUUCUUUCCCCGGGCGAGGUCGGGGACCGCCUGGCGCAACAUGGCCACAAAAUAUCUGAGCCCGAGAAGGCACCACGAUUUCCCCAUGGGACGUGGGCCCAGCGAGACAUCGCUCGAUAGACUCGGGGGUUCCCACGACGUGGGAAACUCCUACAAUAAACAGCAGACAUAAGUCAACACUAGAUGACUGACACAACUGAGCAUUGAGACAUCACACCACCCCCACCCAAGGGGGGAAAACACUCCAGAUACACCACAGAUACCAUACGUAGACAGCGACUGGAGCACGACAACGAUUACCGCCCACAAGGAAGCAAAACAACAGAGGCAACUAAACACACCGCUGGGCGCUCCCCCCCUCCCGUCGUGAUGGCAUCGCCUCGCGGUGGGGGAGGGGACGCAGACUCAGAACGAGAGGGUAGAUGACCCAGGAGAGAACCCACAACAUACCUAGGCACCGCUGAAGUUAUGGAAAGACAGACAGGAAAGGGAGUUCCAGACCAGGUGCAAGACUAUAGGACCCGAUCCCGCAAAACAACCCCUUUCUCACUCCCCAUUUCUGCACAAAUUGGUCAUAAAAUGUGAUCUGAUCAUCAUCAGUCACAACAAUAGACAAUCACAGUCUGCAUAAACUAAUAACACACAAAGAAUGAAAUGUUGCUAUGUUUUUAUUGAACACACCAUGUAAACAUUCACAGUGUUGGACAAUUAACAAGGUCAUUCCAGAAUCCUUAUCAUGUCAUGUCAUGUCAUGUAGAUAUCCAAAAUCAUGUUCCAAUAACAUUUCCCGUAAAUAGAUAAGUUUUAUUUACGAGAAUUGGAGAUACAAUUCCAAAUUUAUUCUUGGGUCAAAUUAACCCUUAUAUGAACAGCUAGGAUAUUGAGCAAAAUGGAUAUUCGCAUCUACACAGGUGGAAAAAGUAUGUGAACCCUUGGAUUUAAUAACUGGUUGAACCUCCUCUGGCAGCAAUAACUGCAACCAAACGUUUCCUGUAGUUGCAGAUCAGACGUGUACAACGGUCAGGAGUAAUUCUUGACCAUUCCUCUUUACAGAACUGUUUCAGUUCAGCAAUAUUCUUGGGAUGUCUGGUGUGAAUCACUUUCUUGAGGUCAUGCCACAGCAUCUCAAUCGGGUUGAGGUCAGGACUCUGACUGGGCCACUUCAGAAGGCAUAUUUUCUUCUGUUUAAGCCAUUCUGUUGUUGAUUUACUUCUAUGCUUUGGGUCAUUGUCCUAUUGCAACACCCAUCUUCUGUUGAGCUUCAGCUGGUAGACAGAUGGCCUUAAGUUCUCCUGCAAAAUGCCUUGAUAAACUUGGGAAUUAAUUUUUCCUUUGAUGAUAGCAAUCCGUCCAGACCCUGACGCAGCAAAGCAGCCCCAAACCAGGAUGCCCCCACCACCAUACUUCACAGUUGGGAUGAGGUUUUGAUGUUGGUGUGCUGUGCCUUUUUUUCGCCACACAUGUUUCUUCCAAACAACUCAACUUUGGUUUCAUCUGUCCACAGAAUAUUUUGCCAGUACAGCUGUGGAACAUCCAGGUGCUCUUGUGCAAACUGUAAACAUGCAGCAAUGUUUUGUUUGGACAGCAGUGGCUUCCUCUGUGGUAUCCUCCCAUGAAAUCCAUUCUUGUUUAGUGUUUUAUGUAUUAGAUUCGCUAACAGGGAAGUCAACAAUUCUUAAUCGUAGGUCUUCUGAGAGCUCUUUUGUGCGAGGCAUCAUUCACAUCAGGCAAUGCUUCUUGUAAAAAGCAAACCCAGAACUGGUGUGUGUUUUUUAUAGGGCAGGGCAGCUGUAACCAACACCUCCAAUCUCAUCUCAUUGAUUGGACUCCAGUUGGCUGACAUCUCACUCCAAUUAGCUCUUGGAGAUGUCAUUAGUCUAGGGGUUCACAUACUUUUUCCACCUGCACUGUGAAUGUUUACAUGGUGUGUUCAAUAAAAACAUGGCAACAUUUCAUUCUUUGUGUGUUAUUAGUUUAAGCAGACUGUGAUUGUCUAUUGUUGUGACUUAGAUGAUGAUCAGAUCAAAUUUUAUGACCAAUUUGUGCAGAAAUCCAUAUCAUUCCAAAGGGUUCACAUACUUUUUCUUGCAACUGUAUAUCGAGGGAGGGACAGAGUUCAAAAACAGCUAAUAGCUAUAAAACCAUCAUUGAGCUGUAUGAAUCUUAGAAUACUUUACAAAGCCAAACAAGAAUCAAUAGGAUAUUGUCAUAAAAUCUGCUCAGACAAGUUAAUUUUCCCUAGAGGCUGCAAGGUCAGCAUCCUCCUGGCAUUCAAUAUCUGAAAUAUCCUGAAUAGAUAUAGAGUCAUAUAGGAACUAAGGCCAUGAUAGCAUAAGCUAGAGGAGGAUAAUGUCAUUCUGAUAUAAAAUUUAAAACCAAAUUGAUGACAUCAUCAAAUCAGCACCUCGACAAAGGCAUCACUUCAUACUGGAACAAGCAGAUAAUGUUGGAUGAGAACGGACACACCAUGCUAUUAAACACGGGGAGAAUUACACUGAGAAUCCUACUACUUACUGGAUGUAUUUAUUAAAUACGAUUCACACUGCUUCCUCUUGCCUGGUGAACUACUUACCUGAAGAUACAGGAACAAAUCAAUAUCUGCCUGUCAGAAAGAGGCAGAGCCUAGUAGAGAAAUAAGAGACUGCCUGAUGGGAAGGGGGAUGAUCUAUUUAUACCAGUUUCAAAGUUCUAUUUCCUGUCCUUUCUGCUCUGAGAGGAGGAGCUAACCCAUGAGUAAAUGCUGCCAUGAAUAAUGGUCAGGAAAUAUAUAUUGGUAACGAAAUACACUUAGAAUGACAUUCUAUAUCUAUCUAUCUAUAUAUAAAAUACAAAUAACCGCAAAUAUAUAUAUAUAUAUAUAUAUAUAUAUAUAUAUAUAUAUAUAUAUAUACAGAUAUAUAUAUAAUUACAUAAAUAACUAAAUAAGUGUACAUGUAGACUUUAAAUACAUAUAUAUGUAUAUAUAUAAUAUAUUAAAUUCUAUGUGUAUAUUUAAGUGUUUUUGGCCAGUGUUUGUGACUAAGUGGCUACUACAAAAGAAUGGACAUACCCCACUUGCAAUACCUUGGGUAGUCUACUUUUGCAAAUGGUAUGCCAUCAUGGGGGUAAAUCUCAUUCCUGGGCUACCACAUGGUCUCAAAGGUAACAUUACUAAUCUGGCAAAUUUCAAUGUGAAAAAAAUGAAAAAUUUAAUGCGCUAGAUUUGACCCUUUAACUUUCCACAACACCGUAACAACUGUUAAUGGGGGCUACUGUUGUACUCGUGAGACUUUGCCGAAUCCAAAUAUGUGCUUUUUUUUUGCAGUAAAAGCUAACAGUAUUAUGACAUUUACAGCUAAAAUGUGUGGCGGAACUACACAUUUUUAAAGAAAAUUUAAAUUUCUCAGUUUUUUUUUUAAUUUUAUUCAUAAUAAAUUAUGUUUCAUAUAUAAAUAUUUGAUAUGAAAUGAAAGCCCUGUUUCUCCUGAACAAACUGAUAUAUAAUAAGUGUGGGUGCAAAUAAUAUGAAAGAGGUGAAUUACGGUUGAACAGACAUAUAGCGCAAAUACCAGUUUUUGUUUACAUUUUGUUUUGAUCAGAACGUGUACUAGUGACUCCGUCCUGAAGGGGUUAAGUUAGGCAUUAAAGUGGAAGUGCCAAAUCAUGUGUGCUGAUGCCUAUAUUUUACUUAGCUCUACCUGUUGUAUGAAUAUCUCUGUAGUCUACCCAGCUCUGUGUAUUGUAUCGCUAUCUUUGUAUUAUGCCCAGCUCUGUGUAUUAUGUUUGGUUUUCCUCACCACUGUUAACCCCUUAAGGACACACUUUCUGAAUUAAAAGGGAAGCAUGACGGAAUAUUUCCGUCAUGUGUCCUAAAGGUGUUAAUAAUAAUAAUAAUAAUAAUAUGGUAAUCUCUGUAUUUUAUUCAGCUUUAUGUAUUUUAUAGAUAUCUUUAUGUUGUUCCCAGAUUUUUCUAUUGCAUGAGCAUCUCUGUAUUAUGCUCUGCUCUCUAAAUUGUAUGAGUAUCUGUACUAUAUAGGAAGGAGUGAAAUCCUAGGGGGAGAAGUCUGGCACCCCGCCAUCUUGAAACUUCACCAGUCGCCACUGUAUUUAACCCUUGCUCACUGAUAUUGCAUUUUUUGUUUACAAUUCUGUUUGCUGCCUUCCUAUCAUUGUUCAAUAAAGGCAGAAUAAUAAAAGAAAAACAAAAAACUAGCUGGUGUAAUCCUUUAAGGGAUUAAAGCUGCACUGUCACUGUCUGGGGACUUUGCAGAACUCGCAAAGACACCCAACUGUGACAUCGCCACUGGGGGUACAGUGGCCGGGGAGCAGGUAAGAUAAGUUUUACGUUUACGGAAACCAGCAUCUUUCUUUGCCUGGAACUGACAUCACUCAUACAGCAUGGAGGUUUAUGGCGAAACAUGCAAGAUGCAGGAUCCUCCAUAGACAAUGGCAAUUGCCUGCAGCCAUCACUGCAGGGAGUUGGCCAUAGCUGUCAGGUGGAGGAGGAAUACAGUAGUCCCUACUUUGGCUUUGUAUACCUCUUAUCUCUUGAUUGGGUUUGGAAUUUCAGUGAUAUUCCAAGACAGUCAUAAUGAGGAUUUCAUAAAUAUUAAAUCUUUAUAAAUAUUUAUACUCAUUUUUCAGGGGUGGGAGGGUUAACAAUGCCGCUUCCAAGUUUGGCCUGCAUUGCAUUAAGGACCUUUCUUAUGGUAAUACUGAAUGUAGUUGCUACAAUUAAGAAGAUUAAGAGUGAUUACAACAAAUCAUGUGAAAUCAAAGAUUGCUAAUUCAUUCAAUAUCAUUCUGUGAGCACCCUAUUUAUGUAUUGUAAUGCAGUUGUAUCUAUGGAAAUUGUUAGAAAUGGAUAAUGUUUAAAUUUAGGAAUUUUCAGAAUAUGCAUUAACACAUUAUUGUUCUAUGUUGUGUUUUGUUGUGUAGUUGUUCUCUGAUAUGUGCCCUAAAACAUGCCAAAACUUCCAAACUUUGUGUACUGGCCAAGCAGGGGAUUCUCCGAAUGGUCUAAAGCUUCAUUACAAAAAUUCUGUCUUCCAUCGCAUAGUAAAAAAAGGAUGGAUACAAGGAGGAGGUAAGAUUGCACCAGCCAGUAAAUUAUUUAUGAUGCCUUCAUGUUAAUGAAAUGUUAUUUAAAUUACAUUAUAGCUAAACAGCUGGUAGUAUUUUAUUUUUUUAUUUUUUUUUUAUUAGAUCAGUAUUAAAGGACCACUAUAGGCACCCAGGCCACUUCAGCUUAAUGAAGUGUUCUGGGUGCCUGGUCCAGCUAGGUUUAACCCUUUUUUCUAUAAAUAGAAAAUUUUUCAGAGAAACUGCUAUGUUUAUAUUAGGGUUAAUCCAGCCUCUAGUGGCUGUUUCAUUGACAGCCACUAGAGGUGCUUCCACUCUUCUCACUGUGAAAAUCACAGUGAGAAGACGCCAGCGUCCAUAGGAAAGCAUUGUGAAUGCUUUCCUAUGAGACUGGCUGAAUGCGCGCGCGGCUCCUGCCGCGCAUGAGCAUUCAGCCUAGGAGGAGGAGGCGGAGAGCCCAGCGGGAGGGGGACCCUGAGGGUGGGGGCACCCUCAGGGCACUAUAGUGCCAGGAAAACGAGUUUGUUUUCCUGGCACUAUAGUGGUCCUUUAAUAUUCGGUUAAGAACAUCAUGGGUGCGUAGUAAUAUAAAUUGCUCAUGAAAGAGGGUUUCGGGAAUAUAGUCAUUGGCAAAAUCUUAACACAAAAUAUAACAAUCUUAAUGAAUCAUAGUAUAAUUAGUGUAAAAUCAUAAUGAAAAAUAAAGCGCGCACAAUUAAAUAAUAAACAACACAUUUGGCAGAGUUUAUAACAUUUAAACAACAUUUUGUGUAGUGAAAGCACCAACUCAAACGCAGUCAAAACUGGAAAUGAAUUCGCUAUGUUUUCACCCAUGUUAGAAACAGCUACCGGUAUGUCAUGUUCUUUAGACCACUGUCCAUAGUAAAUCGAUUUCUGUACCAGCACUACCCAAGUCCAUCAGAAACCCCUUUGAUACUGAGAGGAGACUAAUGAAGUUGUUUUUUAGAAUUUAUUUUGCUAUGUAUUGUAUUGAAAUUAAAGAAUGGAUUACUGGGCUAAUUUUACAAUUUUAGAAUUUUUCCAAUGGUUGUACCAAGUUAAAAUGGACAGUCUUAGCACCAAAAUAAUUUUAUCUUAAUGAAAUGAUUGUGGGCUGUACAUGCUGCCCCUGCAGCCUUGGAAAGGAAAACAUUGCUGUUUCCUAAAAAGAGCACUGUUUACAUUUUGCAAUUCCCACACAAUAAUAGAUUCAACAAUCCAAUAAAUUUGAAAGUAUGCUGAUGCCAGACAGUGUGCGUCCAGUUGUAGUUUUUCUAAAAAAUUAGAUAACUUUCCUAAAAAUGAAAUCUGUGCCUUUUCAUGGCUAUAUUUCUGCUUACUUCUACGAAACUGCUGAAGGAUAUUCAAUUCUUUCUUUCUAAAUUAUUGUAGAAGCAAAAACUUAGAGUAGCAUUAUCUGCUUCAUAUGAACUGAGUUACAAAGGAUUGCUGGGAGUUCUAAACGUAGAACAUUAUUAUGGCAGGAAAUAACCCUGAUCUUUUUAUUGAAUUUGUGCAAGCAUUAACAAACAAAUAGGUACAGCCUCUUUGACAAUAAUCAACAAAAAAACUAAAUCAACUUUUACAUAAAGCAAGCAAAAUAUAUAAACAAUAUGUAUAUGUAGAAACAGAGAUUGAAUAAUCAUUCUACAAACAUGAAAAUAAGUAAACAAACUAUCAUUAUCUAUUAUUUUUAGAAAAUCAAUUUAUAACUCACAAAUUAAAUAUAUUUACCAGUUAGUGUAACUCAGAUGACUAUAUUAACAAAGCAAUACUGAUUAGAUAUGAUGUAUGCAAGGGCGGUUAAAAGAACAUUAUGCACUAUUUCAGCUCUUAAAACAAAAGAUAAAAAAUUAACUUUAUACAGAAUCAGUCCUCAAAUAGAUGAGGACUAUCAAAGUACUUUUUUUUCAGAUGAUAAUGGAAGCUGUAUCUUUAAGAUUUGGGACUUAGGUCACAUUACAGAUCCAUUUUGUCAUAAUCAUCAGCAACCUGGCAGGACUCCAUAGUCCACAUGGGAUCAUUGUAUGCUUUCAGUCUUCUAGAAGAAACAUGUAUCUGAUCCAGAUCCAUAGUUUCAGAUCCACAGUUUCUAGAGACCGGAUUAUGGACCCACCAUGCUAACAAUCUGUUUCAUCUUCUAUAACUGUCCUGGACAGCCUACAUUACACUAAAAUAGAACCCCGAUGAAUACAAUGUGAUACUAUGUUCAUUUAGCAGCUGUUUAAGACAAUCAGAUGUCCCUACUACUUUUGUGGGAUUAUGCCAGUUAGCAAUGCAUGUUACUAGGAACGAAAUCUCAUUACUUGUCAAUAGCAGUUGUAGAAGUGAGAAGAAAGUCAUCAAAGAAAAAUUAGUCUAGAUAGAUGUGUUACUUGGCAGAAAUAAAAUUGUCUAUUAUGGUGCUUUUGGUGAGAUGCCAAUGAAACAAUAAACUAUUUUUGGGGGUGUAAGCCGGCUAUUUCAAUCUUUAUAUCUCCCCUUCUCUUUUGAGUUUAAUAUUUUAUUACAUGAACAAUGUCCUUAUCCUCUGUUGGUGGAUAUGGACAGGGAUAAUUCCCAUAUGCUUAAAGAAUGGACAUAUGGUAAAAUGUAAUAAUUUCACCCAUAAAUAAAUAAUUAUUUGAAAUUACCAAUGAUGACCACAUCAGGGUGCUCUAACAUUAAAAUAUAAUACUAUAUUAAUAAAUUUGCUAAUCGCUUGUUUACAUUGUGUAGGAAUGUCUGACACGAUUGUUGCCUAUGGAUUAUCAAGUCUAGGUUUGAUCAGAGACAGGAUUCUGUUCUCAGCAAUAAUAUUUGAGGGGAAAAAACCCCACAAGGCCCAAGAAUAAAACCAAAAUCAUAGAAUAGAGCAUAAAACAAUGAAUAUGUAGAACUGCACUCCUAAAAGGAUACACACUAUCCUACACAAUAGAUUACUAUACCGCGAGUAGGGGCAUGUCUAUUACAGUGAGCAGCCUGCUCACUGUUUUAAAAAAAAUAAAAAAAAUAGGGUCCCCCCUCCCAAGCCCCCACCCGUGACCUAUUGCCCCCCCCCCUGGUCCCCACCCCUGAUUGGUGUGUGUGGGGGCCCUAAAUACUAAUAAGGGGGGGGACCUAAUGUCCUCCCCCAUGGCCCCCACCCCUGAGCGGCGGGUGGGGGCCCUAAAUUAGAAUAAGGGGGGGACCUAAUGUCCUCCUCCCUGGCCCCCACCCCUGAGCGGUGGGUGGGGGCCCUAAAUUGGAAUAAGGGGGGGAUCUAAUGUCCUCCCCCCUGGCCCCCACCCCUGAGCGGUGGGUGGGGGCCCUAAAUUGGAAUGGGGGGGACCUAAUGUCCUCCCCCUGUCCCCCACCCCUGAGCGGUGGGUGGGGGCCCUAAAUACUAAUAGGGGGGGGACCUAAUGUCCUCCCCCCUGGCCUCGACUCCUGAGCGGUGGGUGGGGGUCCUAAAUACUAAUAAGGGGGGGGACCUAAUCUCCUCCCACCUGGCCCCCAUCCCUGAGCGGCGGGUGGGGGCCCUAAAUACCAAUGGAGGGGGACCUAUUGUUCUCCCCCCCCGGCCCCCACACCUGAGCGGUGGGUGGGGGCCGUAAAGAAACCCCCCCCCAGGUGACUAGGGGUCCCCAAACCCCUAGUCACCCCCCCUCCACCAAAAAAAUAAAUUAAUAACCCCUACCUACCCCCCUCAUCCAAAAAAUAAUGAGGGGGGACCUUUAACUAAGUACCUGUCAAAAAUAUAAAACUUACCAUUCAAUGUUUUCUUUCUUCUAAAAUCUUCUUUUAUCAGCCCCAAAAAAGGCCAAAUAAAAAAUCCAGGGUGGGGGCCCUAAAAAAAAUGUUACCCCCCCCCUCAGGUGACUAGGGGUCCCCAAACCCCUAGUCACCCCCUCCCACCCCCCAAAAAAUUAACCCCCUACCUACUCCACUCACCCUAAAAAUAAUGAGGGGGACUUUUAACUAAGUACCUGUACAUAAAAUAAAACUUACCAUUCAAUGUUUUCUUUCUUCUAAAAUCUUAUUUUUUCAGCCCCAAAAAAGGUCAAAUAAAAAAUACACAAUAACCGACGCAAUAAAAAAAAAAAAAAAACUGCACAAAAAAAAUGAAUCCAUCUUCACCCAUGGAGGGCUCCACGCAGACUGAGCUCUGCAGGGUGGUGGAAGGCUUAUAAAGCCUUGACCAGCCAGCAAUUAGGCUCAGAGCACUCUGACAGGUAAGUCUCUACAUUUACCUGUCACAGCACUCUGAUUGGUUGGCUUGAAAUCCACCAAUCAGAGUGCUCUGUCAUUUUACACAGCGUGGGAAAGUUCUUUGGAACUCAUAACUCUCUGAUUGGUGGAUUAAGUAACCUUUUUUUUUUUUUUUUUUUAAGUGAGCAGGCUGCUAACUGUUUAAUAGACAUUCCCUACUCGCAGUAUAGCGAUUAGGGGCAUAAUUUACUAAUACUAAGUAAUUUUUACUUAGUAUUAGUAAAUUUGGCUGAAAGACCAAUUUAGGUCUUUCAGCCUUUUAAUACAUAGCUCCCUAAUACCGUGGGAAUUAGGGAGUUAUCUACUUAUUCAUUCCUGUUAUUACACUGACUGGCUAAGUAACUUACAUUUUAUAUGAAUGUAUGUUAUUUGAUUGUUGUAAGUGUUGCAAAUGCUUACAGCUGAAUCCUGGCUAUGUUUGUAUACUUUUUAUUUAAAAUUGUAUACAGUGUAACAUUCUUCAUUCUUCCACUGUGUAAGUAUAUUAGUUCUUCGGUACUCCGGCACUUCAGCACUUUGACACUUCGGAACUUCGGUAAUUUCGGGACUUCAACCAUUCGGCAAUUCAUCUAUUCGGAAGUACCCGAAUGUCUGAAUUGCCUGAAAUUCUACUAAUAAUUCAUGGUCAAAAUACUAACUCUGGGGCGGGGGCGGAGCUUAGCUAGAGAACCGAACGGACUCCAUUCCUGAGUGCUCCAGCACUAACGAUCGAAAUUGGCUAAAUUACUCGACUAAACCACAAUAUCUAUAUGCCAUCCCAGCUUAUACUGUCCCCUAAUACGGUGUGGAAUCGCCAGAUGCCUUUCCUUUAUCCUCCAACAGGCAAACUCCUACACCAAUGGAUUAAGGCUUUUGCGCCCCUCAGCAGCCUAAAACCUCUGUGUUGCCGCCGGGCCUGCCAUUGGAGGAACUGCUCCACUACUCACAUGAAGGAUCCCAGAAACAACCUCCGGCUGGAGUAAAUGACAACCACCAUAUUGGCGCCAUGUUUCAGCGCCCUGUGACACACAAGAUGGCCGUCCAGGUGGAAGGUGAGGCCUGCACAUCCAUACUAAGACAAACAGUGGAGGAGCUGUCCCUUGUUCCCCUAGCAAGGCCAAAUGCACCAGCAGAGCCCUCUGGAGAGGACCCUCAUACGCCCUCCACAAAACAAGACAUUGCCAACCUGCUACAAAGCAUUAAACAACUGUUUGCAGCUGACCUAGACCUUGUUAAAGUGGAAGUCCAAGUAGUAACAGCUAAAACUCAGGCCUCUGAGGAGGAUAUUAUUGACCUACGCCAAGAGGUCUCUACAAUAAGAGAAUCCAUGCAACAAAUCCAGAAAGCUCAAACCUCCUUAGCCCUGAGAGCUGACAUUCUUGAUUACAGAAGUCGCAGAGCUAACAUAAAGAUUAAAGACAUUCCACACGCUGUCCUGUCUGAUGAGCUACUAUCUAAGACCCCCUGAUACCAGCUCACAGGCUAAGAAGAUUGUCUUUGAUGACUACUUUCGUAUUAACAAAUCCCAGGAAGCUCCUGUGGUUGCUCCACGUGACGUGAUAACACGACGCCAAACGCUCCUCGAUAAAGGUCGCAUCUGGUCGACAUUGAGGGGAAAAAAACGUCCUACACCUUUGAAUCAUCAACACUCACCUUUUAUCAGGACUUGGAGGCAUUCCAUGAGCCCAGUAGCUCACCAACUUCGUGCCGAAGAUCGAGUGUAGAGAAGAACGGAGCGACAUACCAGUUAUCCUUGACAGCGGAGGCACCAGCUUUUUUCCAAGCACUAGGCAGACCAGCCUGCCUGCCUCCCGUGGACCUCAUGACUGGGACCCAGACUGCACAACCCCAUUUGUGCCAAGGAAUUGCGAAGGGCCGAGUCCAGUAACUUGGACAGGGAGCAGCUGAUUUAUAUUGUCUUCUAUUUUUUUACCUUUUAUCCUCAAGUGUUAUGUUUUAUUCAGUUGUCUUCUUUAUUUGUAGGGAUGUGCAUGGGCAAAAAAUUCGCUUCGGUUCGGAACUUCAGCAAUUCGGCACUUCGGUUCGGUAUGGUAGACCAGAAAUUCGGGACUUCGGCAAUCCGGGUCUUUGGCAAUUCGGGACUUUGGGAAUUCAGUAAUUACCUAACCCUAACCCCUACCCUUAACCCCAACCCUACCUCUAACCCUAACCACCACAACCACUUACACAUCUAAGGUUAGGGGUAGGGCACUUCUGAAAUUCGGCACUUCGGUUUGGUUCAGCACUUUGGAAAUUCGGCAAAUCGGACAUUUGGAAGCAUCCGAAUGUCCGAAUUGGCGAAAUCCGUCUGAACGAAACUAAUUGCACAUGUCUAUUUGUUGUUUCACCUGUUACUAACCAGUUGGUAGCCACAUAUAAUGCCCACAAUACUGUAAGGUGCUCACCUUACCCAUAGAGCACACUCAGCUCUGAAAAGUUCCUCUCCUCCUAACCACUUCCAUCAGGCUUGCCAAAGUUGAUAGGUCUGCAACAGGUCAAAAUUUCAUGAUACUCCUAGUUUAGGAGAAGUUAAUUAAUCAAAGCUGACAUUGUGUCUAUGCACUAACAGAGAUAUUCUCAGAUCUUGACUAUUGGUAGAUCUUAAGAGCAGGUUUUAAUGGCAGUUCUUUAGAGCAAGUAAGUCCAACCUCAUAAAUAAACUUUAUACAACAGGGAGAUUGCUAGCAAAACUAGAAAUGUUGAGAAGAUAGUUAUGGUUAUGUACUAAAGUGAGAAUUCAAAGUGAAUUUCAAAGUUUAGGACAAACUGAAAGCAUAGCUUGAUUAGAGAAUUUUUUUGAGAUUCGCUAGUUUGAUCUUAAUUUUGAAAUACACUUUGAAGUUUCACUUUAGUGAAUAACCCUGAGAGGACUUCACUAGGAGACAUAUUUCAAAACUGAUAUCUUGUUAUAUUUAUAUUUCAACAUGACUGCUAUGAAACAAAGUCUCUUUGCAAUAAUUAAAGUUCCUUUUAUAUGUAAUUUUUUUUUUUAAAUUAUAUAAUUGAAUUAAAAAAAUGUAAAAUCAGUUAUGACCAAUAUGUGUUAAGGGAACACUAUGGGGUCAGGAACACAGACAUGUAUUCCUGACUCUCUAUAGUGUUAAAAACACUAUCUAGCCCCCCUAACCCUUUUGCACCCUAAAUAUAGUAAAAUAUUAUCUUUAUUCCAGUCUGCUGGUUCUUGCUCUGUCCCUGAUCUGCCUCUUUGGCGGACACCAUCAGCCAAUUCAAUGGAAAGCAUUGAAUUGGCUGAGAAUCUCAAUUUUGAUGUUCUCAGCCAAGGAUGCGGACCGGGGACAGAGCCAAACACUACCCUGGCCUCCUCUAUUGUUUCAUUUCUCCUCUGUAUGCUUUCUGUAUGCUAAUUACCAUGUGCAAAUGACUGAGCUUAUUAACAGUGAUUGACAGGGGGCUAAGAUGGAGGUGCCUGUUUGCAGGAUUCAGAUGUAUGGAUUUCUACAUUUAAUUUCAUGUGAAUAUCCCACAAAUACAUAUUUGUUUAAUAAAGGGUAUACCUAACUAUACAUGUUUAUUUACUAAUGUAUAAAUUCAAAGUGUAUUUCAAAUUUAACAUUAAAUUAGCAAUACCGUAAAAAUAAUUCUGCUAUAGUAGUAGCUAUACUUUCACUUCAACCUUAAAUUUGAAAUUUACUUUGAAAUCUCACUUUAUGAAAUAAACCUGAUAAUAUUAAAUUAUGAAAAAUUCUGUUUAGUGACAGUCCCUCUUUAAAGCGCCCCUCUUGUAAUGGGUAAGUGUCAUCUUUUUUGUACUGCUUAUUCUAAAUAUAAACAAUUUCUUUUAAAAUAACUAAACUAUAUUUAAUUUUUUUUUUUUACAGCAUGGAAGCAUUUAAGUAGUUUCUUACUGACAUACCAAUAUUAUAACAAUUACAUUGUAUGUUUAAACAGAUAUAUUAUCUGGAAAAGGAAAUGGGGGUGAAUCUAUCUUUGGAGAAACAUUUGAAGGUAUACAUAUAUGUGUAUUCAUAUUGUAUUAAUAGUAUAGCUUUGUGAUUAGUAUGUUUGCCUUCAGAGUUAAUCAGUUAUUCAGUGUCUCAAUAUGCAUUUUAUACAUAUCUAGCAACUACCCAAUUCAGUAAUAGCUCUAAAUGGUUUGUUGGGGAUCUUAUGCACACCAGAGUAAAGCAUCUCUGUGACAGACUUUAUUUAAACGCCACCAUUGUAUUGAACACUGAGAGAUAGUCUUGGUGGUCUCUUCACGGAGUGUUGAAUGUAUUUUAAUAUAGUAGGUUCAUUGUAUUCUCUAUUAACUAAAUAGAAACCAUGGUCCGCAUGGCCACUAGCCAACCAAGAAAGAUAUAUCCUUCUGCAAGCAGUACUGAACAACACAGGAAUGAAGGCGCUACAGGACAUUACAGAAGGAAGAGCACCAACGACAAUGCACCAAUUCCCCAAUGCCCAACUGAAAUAUUUCUACCACACAGACACAGAAUACACCGAGACCUAACCUGGUACAAAACACUCUGCUCCCACACACUGGAUGCGGAAGGCACAGUCUCCACCAUAUACCAACGCCUAAUUACACUAGAACGGGAGAAGAAAGAUAUGUUCAAAAGACGAUGUGAAGAACUAACGGCCAGAGCCUACACAGACAACCAAUGGGAAAAACACUUCUGCUACAGCACAAAAGCUCAACCAGCUCCCACUUCCAGGAGGUAAACUAUAAACUUCUACACACAAUUCCAGAUACUUGUUGGAGAUGCAGCGAAGAGAACGGAACUCUCCGACACAUCUGGUGGGACUGCAGAAAAAUCAAACCGAACUGGGGAGAAAUGGAGCAAGAAAUACAGAACACACUGGGAGACCCCUCGAGAUCCGAAACUAGAAGGGACGGGUAAACACUAACAAGAACAGGGAACACUAACCACACAUAUUACUAAAUGAACACACACCCACUUUGGGGCACACCAACAACCUCGCGUAGUACAUGUUACAAACAAAGACGAAUAGAGAACGACAAGCCCACUAUGACAACACGUACAACGCCGAAGACUUGGCGACCAGCGUACCUAAGCUCAUAUGAAACGCCACACCACAAUCAAAUUAGGGACCAAAAACGAGAGCACAUGAGACCCACUACACGGUGAUCACCACAAGAUUAAUAGACGCACAAUAAAUCUCAGGCCAACCAUAGCGAAAACAUCACUUAAAAAAGCCAAGGAGAUACUAGUAUACACACAAUAAGAUCCGCAAGCUCGAUAAAGCUUCACAUGCCAGACCCACAUAAGGCUCACAAGCAACUACAGCACACAGCACAUAUCCCUCAAACAAUUGCAUAGAAAAAGGAGGCCUGACAACUUCAGCCGAGGCAUAGCUAAGAAACAACUCACUAGAAAACGACUGAAAAGCUCAGAAAACAACAUACCUAAGGGUGAGAUAAGAAAUAAGAGACUACAGUAUAACCUAACACCGUAAUGUUUGUCUCUGGUAAAAUGUAUUUCACGAUCUGUGUUAUUAUACGGCAAUGUACCUGGAUAACUAUGCAAAUUUGUUAAUAAAAACAGAUUUACAAAAAAAUAAAUAAAUAGAAACCACAAGAACCAGAUGGGGUCCCGGUAUAAUGAAAAUAUGCAGCUCAGGUACAAGUAGAAAUUGGACUGUUAUAAAAUAAGGAAGGGUGGGGUUGGGGGGGGGGGGGCGUGGAGCCCUACCCUCAAGCUGACCGCUCACUCAUCUUGUGAGCUCCGUGGUACAAAGCCUCUAAAUAGCUAUAUUUGCAACUUUCAGCACGGAAUACUUACCCCAGAGACGGGAGGUACCCUAUACUGCUGACUUUAUAGAGUUUCCGGCCGAGAUCGGAGGCUCCCACAAGUGGCAAACCCGAGGCCUAAGAGAAGGCCAACUCACGGCGGACGUAGGGGAGGCGGCCGAUCCCUCUGUUUGCUGCUGUACUUUAAACCAGAGGUCUUGCCCCCACUAUGACCCCCCAACCAGUGAGGGAUAUUCCGGCGCAUCUUGCCUGUGCUACUCCAGCAAUGCCUGCACAACUUACCAUCCAGAAUGCCCAGCUCCCAGUGGACAAGAUGGCGGACGCCACAUGUACAUCAGAGGCUCGGGACCUGCAACUCACUUUCAUGACCAAACUGGAUGAGCUACUUGCCAACUGGGAUUCACAUAUCCCAAACCUAAGUACUCUUCACACAGUACCAGCAGUGCCACCCAUACAGCAGACCACCCAGCACUACACGCCACCUGGGCGAUGCCUGGACACAGCACUGAGGGUCAAGAAGAGGAAACAGGUGCUUCAGAGAGUGCCAUUGUGCAGAAAGCUCGGUGCUGCCGGAGUACACCAUCCUCCUAGGUCACAGUCUGGGCAGGGACAAUCCCCUACUUAUCACCCACACCCUUGGAGGGCUACUCCUACUCAGGAGCACAAGCAUCCCUGUGAAGGACCUCGAGACAAUGCCCUGCUCAUGAGCUUGUUGAACUGGGCUGUGUUGAGGCCUAUGGCAGAAGGGGUGCAGACAUGGGGUACUCUGGAUCCCAGGGCAGUAACCUGUAUGUGCAGGGGGUAGGCUGACUUAUACCUCCAAUACUCAGCAGAACUGUAGUGCAAGAGUUUUAUUGCUAUGUUAUGUAAUACCUUCACCAAAGCUAACAAUCUCACUUAAAAGCAUGUCUCCUGUCUUAUAAGCCUGUGAUCUUUUAUUAUGACCUCUUAUGCCAUCAGUCGGUCUGCCAUAUGUUGACAACACUUUUGAUUUCUCUCCACUGACAAACCUACUAUCCUUGUUUUCUUUGCUUGUAUAAAAAAAAUAUGUGCAGAACUACUCUAUACCAUGAUAAGAAAUGUUUCUCAUGAUUGUUGAGGCUUGUCUUGCUAUUGUGGCUUUGCGAGCCUGAUUUGUUCAUCCAUGCACAGAAAAAUAAAGAAUGUAAUUUAAAAAAAAGUAAAAAGGUAAAGUUAGGGUGAUUUAGGCUUAGGGUGACUUGGGGAUAUUGGUACAAUUCCUCUAGUAUGUAAAAUUUCUUGUAGAAAAUGUGAGUGGAUCAUGGCAUGUGGAGAAAGACCUGUAGCAUAAGGAGUGUAAAAAUAUGGCAAAAUGCUACAUAUUCAAUGACUGCAGGAUUGCCGUGUAUAGACAAAGAAAAGCCACUAAAGAAAGAGUUCCAGUUGUGAACUUCAAGGCUUAGCCAGUCAGGUAGUGUGUAUACCAAGGAGAUUUUGCCGCUACAUCUUGCCAUUUCCUAUGCAACGGGUAAGGUGAACAGGCAACUCCUAGCUCAGUGAACAAGAGAUGCCUAUGGUUCUCAUUGUGGACAAUGGCAGAAUGCACUAGUCCCGCAAGAUCUUCUGUAGACCUCUGUUUUAAAGUCUUGUGCACAGGAAGCAGGCUACUGACAAGUUAGGUGCUAAAUGUAGAGGUAUAGAGGAACAUGCCCAAGAGAGAAACAUUUAGGUAAUUACAUCUACCUUUACUGUCUAACUUGGCAGCACAGUGAAAGAGAACAUAUCACCAUGGCUGGGGUGGUGGUAAUGGUGGUGGGGAUUGCCAAAUAUACCAAAACCCCACAAGUGACAGUGCUGUUCCAUUCUAUUCUGAACACAUUGGUAAGUGGUUCUGUAAAACUGUUCUGUUUUACAGAACUGAACACAGCUGCAGAUGUUUAAUAUACAAGAACCUCACCCAAAAGAGGGCACAAAGUCACCUCACCUAAACAACAUUUGUGCUAUAUUCUUAAACAGUAGCAAAAUCUAUAUCUUACAUGCCUUAAUACUUUAGGCAUACCCUUUCUGACAAGAUUCAUGUUUUUAGUACACACUUUGAUUCACACUGUAUUAAAAAUAACUGGAUAUCGUUUUUUUGUUUUGUUUUGAAGACGAAAAUUAUGCAAUUCCUCACAAUAAACGUGGUAUUCUUGGAAUGGCCAAUAAGGGGCGCCAUACAAAUGGAUCCCAGUUCUACAUCACCCUACAGGCCACUCCAUACUUGGACAAAAAAUCUGUGGCUUUUGGGUGAGUAGAUAUCAUACAGUAAAAUGUUUACAUUAAUGUAAUGCUGAAUGGAUGCUAGUGUAGUGUGAAAUAUAUUAGAUCAUACAUGCUAUUUCUGUAUGAUGUUUUUCUACUUUACGCAACCAGAUUCAACUAUCAUUAUAAGAAGUGGACUACUUAUCUUUGUAUUGAAAGUAUAGGGGAAGUUGCUUUCUAUAGGUUUGUAUUGUUUAUGUUAGUCUAUUAUUAUUAUUUUUGGCAUUUAUAUAGCGACAAUUUAUUUUGCAGCACUUUAAAUAUUAUAAAGGGGGACAUUUUACAAUAAAUGCGACAAUUACAAAAUGUUACAGGAACAGUAGGUUUAUGAGGACCUUGUGUGGCGAAAGUAACCUUGCCACUGGUUCUUGGAGUGGCCUGCUUGCCAGCCUCUUGCCCCAGGACUAUGUCCUAUGUAUUAGACCUUGGUUCAGGACUAUGGAAAGGCUUUGUUUGUGCCUUUUCCCUUUUAUGGUUCAGUAUAUGGGGCUUACCGAACGGAUUGUAGAUAUUCUGUUCGGAUACCGAACAGUUGGACCACCCGCAAGUGGGAAGGUCACUCCACCGGCCCUAUAUGGAUGCUGGGCAGGUGGCGCAGAUCCCCAACUACAGUCGGAGUUACCGGGAGUAGGGACAGUCGGUCCUACUCCCCAGUGGCAGUGUACCAUGCAAGGAAAAGAGACAACUGGCCUCUCUCCCCAGCAGCAGCCAGAGAUACUGGGAGAGGAGACAACUGGUCCCUCUCCCCAACUACAGGGAAACCGUGCCCCUGACUCCAAUAGUGCAGAUGGGACCUAAUGGUGCACCAGACCUAUGGGGACGGCCGGUCCAGAUCCCCAACCAACCCAGCCGGAAUAAUAGGAGGAGGAGGUAGGCGAUCCCUCCUCUCUACCGCAGAUUUCCAACCAGGUCCUGGGGUUAGUGGAUGAGACUGCAAUACCCACUGACCCCACCCCAGCAGAAGUGCUGGCACCAGGGCAGAGCACAGUUGGCCUCUGCCCUCCCCUUUUCCUUAGUCCAGGACUUGAUGACCGUUUAAUCUACCCAGCUGUAAAGCUGGCUACGGGGAAGAGCGCCGCUGGCCUCUUCCCACCGGGUAAUCCCAACUCCAGGCCGGAGAGAAAUAGAGAGGCCGAGAGUACCAGAUGCCCACUUAACCACUGGUGACAUAUGGGACAGAGCCAGGCCACAGAAGUCAUCAGGUCCAGUACUUAUGGGUGGGCUACUCAACCGACAGGAAGUCAGAUACCUAGUUAGUCUUACCUUGCGGGGAGGGAGAUAGUAACCUCGCCACUGGUUCUUGGAGGGGCCUGCUUACCAGCCUCUUGCCCCAUGACAAUGGCCCAUGUAUUAGACCUUGGUUCAGGACUAUGGAAAGGCUUUGUUCAUGCCUUUUCCCUUAUAUGGUUCGGUAUAUGGAGCUUACUAUUCAGCAGACUAGAUGGGCCGAAUGGUUCUUAUCUGCCGUCACAUUCUAUGUUUCUAUGUUACCGAACGGAUUGUAGAUAUUCUGUUUGGUUACCGAACAGUUGGACCACCCACAAAUGGAGUGUGCAGCCCAUUAACUUCCCUGACUUAUGUUUAACUGCAACUUAAUUGGUGCUCGGCUGGGUGGUAGUUUUUCGGCAUGCGAACACGUGGCCGUGGCCAUCUUUAGCCGCAAGCACAUACAUCUCCUCAUAUGUUCGGCUGGAUUCGUAUGGGAAGAGCGGCGUUUGGUGAGAGCAAGCUCCCGAACAAGGGACAUAGACUGAACCUACCCAUGAACCCCUACAUUGGGUAUUUUGACUGUAUUAAGUAUUCCUGAAAGAGACUGACCGCACAGCCUGAAUUCAUGGAGCUCUUUUGGGCAAGAGCCUCAUGUGCGGUCAGUCAAAAUAUGACAGGUUAUGGAAAUCCUGAACCCCUGAACCGAUCUGGGUGAUUUUUGGAUAUGUUGGUCAUCCAGAUCGGGGCUAUCAGGGGAUGUAACUUUUGUGGGGUUUCCAUGGGUUUUAAGGGUACUUUCGUGGUACUGCUGAAAUGUGUGUUUUUGUGCCGGGAGAUAAUUAAAUUAGUACAGUUCCUGAUCCGAUUAUCUCCAAGGCACAGGGGAGGGAUUGUCUCAUUUUGUAUGGAGUGUCCUGGACCUGAGAGCCAAUGUAAUCGCAUGUAUGUUUUUACAGUAGUCUACUCUCUCAAGUCCAGGGGGGAGUGUCCCUUGCAUGGGGACUUACAUAAAAGGCCAGUUGUUGCUACCAAUACACCAGUUCCUCUUCGCCCUCGUCUCAUGUGUGGAGGGGACAGCUGUAUUCACUCUGGGGAUUGCUAUAUCACUAUACUUCCCUGGGAUUAUAAUCACUUGCUCUUUUUUUUUUUUUUCCUAUGCUUUAUUUUUCUUGUGCAUAAAAUUACAACAUGCCUGCAGGGCCACAACGGCGUGUACAGGCUAUUCAAUGUCAUACAAUGUCGUGGCAGAGUAAACAGCACAUUUACAUUUUUAAGAUAUAGACAAGUAUAUGUCAUGUGGGACAGUGCACAUUGUAUAUUAGUGUGGUAGGACCGUAGCUUAUUGGCACAUUUUUAAUAAGAAAGGGUGGUCCAGACAAGGUUAGACUAAAGUAAUGGCUUCGGUUAUGCUGGAGCAUACUAUAAGUGCCUUAGAGUUAACGCUUGAUAGGACACGUUAUGAUAAGGUAACCAGGGGUUAGACCUAUUAACAAGUAUUAUAGCUUAAACUGAUAACAUAAUGCUACGAAUGCCAUAAGUAAGGCCUAACAUGCAAUGCUUGUAUCUAUUUUAGAUCAGGCUUAUCUAAUGCAGGUCAUGCGGGUGAUCAUUUCUAGCAGAUCUGAGUUGCCAAAGCCAGUCGUAAGGCAAAAGCAGUAUACUCUCGUGGCUGGUAGGCUACUGGGCAUUGGAGGCCGUAAGGUACUAAAGGAAAUUGUUAAUAACUUUGCUUAUCUGUAGGAAAAAGAGUCCUCGGCAGUUCAGGAUUAGGCAUGUCAGCUGUGCGGGUAGAAGCAACAGGCGUCCCGGUGAAGUGUGAAGCAGGUGUGGGACACAUGUAGCCAGUCCACUCUAGGCCCUCAUCCCACGCCAGAUCUCGAGGCCUGUCGCCUGGCAGCAAGGAUCUGUUCAGCAAUACUUUAUAUCCAGCCGUUUUGUAAGAGGCAGGAUGUCGUUAUGGCAACGGGGUCGGAGCUCCGUUCCGGUGAGGUGGGCCUGUCGGCCGGGGGCAGUCUGCGUAAGGAGGUGUACCACAGACCGCGGUACCGAGGUGAAGGCAGGUGGGUGGCAGUUCUCGCUAAGCUUGGGGUGCUGCACUGUACCUCUGAUCGACGCAGCACUCCAGUCCAAGGACGCAUGUAUUGUUGCCUCUUAGCUGCUUUGCCCUGCCGGGUGGCAGCUUUGGGGACUUGUGGCAGGGGCCUAUAAUGGCGGCAUCGGGUCGCAGGGCGGAUCCAGGGGGCCACUGCUAUCCCCUGGUGACAAAGUAGUGUCCAAAAGCUCACACAGAGCUGAUCAAGAGCCUCCAGGAGCCCUGUCGUGAGCUUGGUGUGUGCGACUUUUGAGUCGGGUUGCUGCUGAGCGCCAUCUUGGCCGGGCCUCGGCGGCUUGGCUUCCCCGCCGGCGGCGAUGCUGGUUAGUCUGCCAACUGCUGCAGUCUGCUUUUCCUGUGGAGUCCGGGAUGACCCCGACCGGUCCAAGGGGGGGAGGUAGGGUGCUGUUGUAGUCGCUCAGGAGCUUCUGGGCCGGGGAGAGUGGCCGUCUCACCCCAGUAGGCCGCAUAUGGUUUCCAGCGCCCCCAUUCACGACAGGCUUCGAGGUUGCGUCUGCCGCUUCAGGAGUGCCUCCACUGCAUGUGUAGCGCACUCGGGUGUGCCUCAUGGCUUCAUAGUUGCCUCUAAAUCUUUGUUUAUUGCCUGCCAUGCCGGAGCUCAUGUCUGCAUCGCUUGGCGGUCAGGCUCUGCCCCCCCACUUGCUCUUUUAAGAGCAUAUUGCUACACUCUCUUGGAGGAAAGGUCUACCCACUGGAAGCUGGAUCCUGGUCUUGGGUCCAGGGUGGGUGGAGGACAGCGAGACCCCAACCAAGCUCUAAUGCUGGAAGUGGGGACUACAGUGCGGAUGGUGUCUGGUGCAGUGCUUGUGGUACUCGGUAAGCACUAGGAAGCAGCGAUUGGCGGAGGCACCCAGUCAGGGUGCCAGGCGGUCCGCCACACCCUGCUCAAAUGAACUUACAUACUAGAGGACUAGCGUCACCGGUGAGAUCAUGGGGACUGAGGAAGGAUGAUGUAUGUGGGAAAAGUGACAUCCUUACAUGUGCAUACAUACACAGUGGGGGGAUAUGAUCCAGGACACAUAAUUUUUACUUAUACUGCACUGUAGUAUGAGCAUUCUUGUUACGAAAAAGUAAUCAACUAAUUAAUCACCUAUCACCUUACAGAAUCCCUCUGCAGACAGCAUUGAGGUGGAGGUAUGGUCAGUACAUGACUUAGGUUAGAUUAGAAUUAGGUGGAACAUGAGAUUAGAAGUUGUUUAGAAUUGAUUGGGAAAUAGCACCCUUCCAGGUCCAUAGGGAUAGAUAUGAAUUCGAGGUUCUGUCCUGCCAUGCCAGGUUUACUCUCGGGGGUACACAGAAAAGGUAUCUAUUGUUGAGCCUUUAUCAUAUAUAUACAGGCAGGCAGGAGCCUUUACUGUCCAUUUACAAAUUCAGGUCUGGCAGCUCUAAGGUCUUUGAAAUCUGGAUAUUAAUGACACAAUAGUAUUGUGGUUAAAUAAUUUAAAAUAACAUAGCAAUAAAUUCACGACAAUACAGACGAACAUUUAGCUAUUUUCCCUCAAAAUAGGUAAUAGACCAGAAACACAGUGGACAUAUUUACAAUCUAUAAGUCAACAAAAAAUACCAAAUCUUUAAGGGUUUCCGAUAUUCUUUGCAUGAAAAAUAAGGAACUGCUGCCAAAAUAAAAUAAGAUUUUUUAUACAAAGUUUGACAUUUUCAAAGAAGUUGAAUUGAUUGAAACUUAAUUUGCAAAUAAGAUUUUAAAAUAAAAUUUUAUAUAUUUUAUUCUCAUUCACACUUUUAGACAACUGAUUGAAGGCAGUGAUGUUCUGCAGAAACUUGAAGACAUCCCAACAUACAAUGAGCGACCAACACUCGAUUGCAGAGUUACAGAUUGUGGCAUCUUUACCCCUUGAACAUCAUGGUUUUAUAAAAUAUAUAUAUAUAUAUAUAUUGUGCCACUUUUAUCUAUAUUAUGUCAUCUUUAGCAUUUAUCACAUUUUUUAUAUGUCAUAUCUUUAUAUUUUUUCUUAUAAAUCACAUAUUUUGAUUGUUUUUUCAAAGAAAGACUCACAGGAUAAAAUUUCAAAGGAUGUAAAGGGGAACUAUGGCCUAAGAUAUAAUUUUUAAAAUUUAGAUUUAAUUUUUUAUGAAUUCCCUUCUAGUUGCAAUCCCUUUUCAUGAGUUAGUGCGAUUCAUUGACAUCCAUCUUCCUUCAUUGACUUGUAAACUAAAGGAGCAACAUCAACCCCAGGCUGCUUUUUGGUACUUAUUUAAGUAAGGGGGGAAACCGGCAUAAUUUUGUGCUAAGAAUGUGAGGGUGGAUUCCAUCUAACCAAUGAAUCUGGUUUUGAAUGCCACUGCUAUUACCAGUGGAAACUGAGGUUUGUUGGCUAACUGGGAAUUGUGUAGAACUGACAAUUGCAAAUUUAGGGCAUAAAAAACACAGAAAAAGGCCUACAAAGUGGAAUUCCUUUGGCAAUUACAUUAUAAAAAAAAAUAAAAAAAUAUUUGUAUUCAAACUUCUAGACAAUUUUCAGAGAAAAAUACAAAGUGCAAAUGCAAAUAUAGGGAAAUGAAAUCCAAAGGAAAGAUGAAGUUCAUGAAACAAAAGUAAAAGGCAAGUGUGAUGCAGAACCACCUUCCACCUGGAAUAAAAAAUAAAAAGAGAGGAAGGAAGGAGAGUGGGAUAGAGAAACAAGAGAUAAAAAAAGAUGGAAGUUAGAGUGGAAGUAUGCAAAAAGUAACAGAAAAGAGUAUAGGGGCCGGACCUGAACUCUUCAGACAAAACAUAUAUAAAGUUAACGCCAUCUCUAUAUACUUUAUAUACAGUGUCAUGGAUCAAUUUCCAAAACCUGUGGAUUAAGGGGCAGAUAUUGAGGUACAUACCUGGAGCUUCUGGACAUCUCCAACAUGUGAGGAAAACGCCAUGCCAUGGUUGUUGAUACCCAGUACCAAAAGAUAAGCAGUUCAUGUUUACAUGCUAUAGACCAGUGAUGCAAAAUAAAGUGUUCUGCCACUCUGAAUCAGAACACAUCCUAUCCAGGGAUAUGUCCUAUCUACCCACAAACAAAGACUGGUCCAAAGUCGCUGCUGUGAUUUGUAAUACAAUGAGCAAUUACGGAGUCACUAUUUGAAAAUAUUUCAAAUGGUGUUGUAGAAGGAAAAACUUUAGCCUGUUCUGAAGUAGAUAAGCCUAAUUUAGAAACUUUUUUCAAACUAAGCUACAGUCAAAGAUUAGUUACUUUAGGUUGCGUUGUAAGAUUCAUUUUUCUCUUGACAACAAUUAUUUUUUUUAUGGCAUAUAACCUCUGUUAUGCUUGGCAACCAAUUACAUUAAAAAAAAAAAGUUAAAACAAGAGAAUUAUUGUAGGAAUUAUUUUCAUUAUAACCACUUUGCAGUUUUCUUGCAUAGCACAGAAGUCAUCAAUAACAAUAUAAACAUAUUUAAACAAUACUCAAAUUUUAUGCCAAGAUACUAUUCUAAGAUUAGUAAAGAACUCAGUCAACUGAGGCUACUCACUAAACUCUGCAUUUUAAUGAAUUAAAUCGAAAUUGUAAACUUAAAGGACCACUAUAGUGCCAGGAAAACAUACUCGUUUUCCUGGCACUAUAGUGCCCUGAGGGUGCCCCCACCCUCAGGGUCCCCCUCCCGCCCGGCUAUGGAAAGGGGAAAAGGGGUAAAACUUACCUUUUUCCAGCGCUGGGCGGAGAGCUCUCCUCCUCCGAUCCUCCUCUUCUCCUCCCCGUCGGCUGAAUGCGCAUGCGCGGCAAGAGCUGCGCGCGCAUUCAGCCGGUCACAUAGGAAAG